AUGGUGAGGGGAAAGAAAAGGGAUUUCGGCUGUGACUUGGUGAGGGUGGAGGGAGCUACUAGUGAAGGUGGAAAAAUGUUAUUGAGGCUGGAAAGCGGCUCGGCCAGUGGUGGCUCACGAUGGUUGGAGGUGGGGGUUAGAUUGGGGUUGAGUGAAGGUUGGGCACGACUGGCGGCUAGGGCUGGAUGGAGGAUGGCCGUGGUGGUGGCCUGGCGAUUUGGGGGUCGUAGGUUAGUUGAAGAAGAUGGAAUUGGUGAGAGGGAAUGGAGGAAGCGGUGGGCAACCAACAUGACGGAGAGUGGUAGUGGCGGAAACCGUCGGAGGGAACCGCUGCUAGAGUCGCCGGAGGGAGAGGUUGCAAAAGCUCCAUGGAGACUUAACGUGCAGGAGUUUCGUUUGCCAAACCGAACUGAUGAGCAUCACCAUCACCGUUCCUUCUCUUUCCGUGGUCUUCUCCGCAAGCCCAGGAGACAAGUCAAAGUGGCAGAGUAUUACAAGAAACAGGAGCGACUCCUUGAAGGAUUUACUGAGAUGGAGACUAUGACUGAAACGGGUGGUUUCCCAGGAGCUCUCACUGAGGAUGAAAUGAAGCAACUAGCCAAGAGUGAGAGGAUGGCUGUUCAAGUGUCAAAUAUAUGUAACUUGGUGCUGUUUGCAGCAAAGGUUUAUGCUUCAGCUGCGAGCAGGUCAUUGGCAGUCAUUGCCUCAACCAUGGAUUCCCUCUUGGAUCUCUUAUCAGGGUUCAUAUUGUGGUUUACUGCUCAUGCCAUGAAAAACCCAAACCAAUAUCACUAUCCAAUUGGAAAGAAACGCAUGCAACCAGUGGGUAUCAUUAUUUUUGCAUCUGUGAUGGCUACCUUGGGGUUGCAGAUUUUGAUUGAAUCAGGCCGACAACUUAUUUCCAAGGCUAAGCCUGAUAUGGAUCCAACAAAACUGCACUGGAUGAUCGCUAUUAUGGUGUUUGUGACUGUAGUGAAGUUCAUUCUGAUGGUCUAUUGUCGUAGAUUUAAAAAUGAAAUCAUUAGAGCGUAUGCACAAGAUCACCUUUUUGAUGUCAUUACUAAUUCUGUUGGAUUAGCUGCAGCUGUUCUGGCUGUCAAGUUCUACUGGUGGAUUGAUCCUACAGGAGCCAUUAUUAUUGCAUUGUAUACAAUUAAUACAUGGGCCAAGACUGUCAUUGAGAAUGUUGGUUCACUCAUUGGAAAAACAGCACCACCUGAUUUUCUGGCAAAGUUAACUUACCUCAUAUGGAAUCACCAUGAGCAGAUUAAGCACAUAGAUACUGUUAGAGCAUACACCUUUGGUGAACAUUACUUUGUGGAAGUUGACAUUGUGUUACCAGAAGACAUGGUUCUCCAUCAAGCACACAACAUUGGUGAGACACUCCAAGAGAAGCUAGAGCAACUUCCAGAAGUUGAGAGGGCUUUUGUGCACAUAGAUUUUGAGUUCACUCACAGGCCAGAGCACAAGGCCAUGGUGUGA